GUCAAAUACUUUUAAACUGAGGACAAAAGACUUUGAAGACAGCAUUCCAGUAUCAAAAGGUGCCAAAUGUCAUGGGCAGAACACAUUUUUUUUUAGUGUAGGGGGGCUUGAAACAAACCUAUGAUUUGUUAAAUAGAAUAAUACCUCAUAAAAUGAUUGAUAUAUCUCUGUUUUGCCCAGCCCCAGUGAUGUAUUUGCAGACAAUUAAAGGACAGGUUCACUAGAUAAGAUAAGAAGUAUUUUAUUAAUCCCUUAAAUGGGAAAUUGAAUGUCACCUCACAAAAACAGCCAACAUACAGCAAGGAAACAUACAGACUCACGCAGUACAAAUAAGUGCAAAGCACCACAUCAACAUCAAUCAAACAAUCCACAACACUCAGCAGUCAACAACAAUGUUCAUUAAAAAAAACUCACUGCACCAGGUAUAAAGGAGCUUCUAAAUCUUUCUGAAGAGCACCUUGGCAUCACCAGUCUGGCAUUAAAGAAGCUCUUCAGUUUACUAUGUGGUUUUCCUUGCUGUAACCAUUCAUCCUGUUCAUACUGGCUAUUAAAUGACCCCCUUCAAAUGCGCUCUCAAUGUGAGUGAUAGGGACCAAAAUCCACAGUAUGUCCAGUCAUUUUGUACAAAAAUACAUAUAUAUAUUAUCUGUGGCUUCAGCAGUCUGAGUUAGUCUUAUCAAGUGGAUAUCUGCCACAUUUACAGUCUUCUUAGCAAUUCCCUCUUUGUGUUUCCCUGUUGGGCUAGGGUGGAAGUAUAGUAACAAAAAGAGGCACUAAAAGGGCUAUAAUGUUGAAAGAUAUCUACUUGAUUUGACUCAUUUGGAAUCCUUAUAUGAAAUUCAAAAUAAACUUAAAUACAUUUUUGCACAUAAAGAGAUCACUUGGCCCCAUUACUUACAUUGUAUGCACAUCUUUUAAUUUCUGGCAUGAACAGCAAGGAUUUUUUACAGCAAGAAAUCAAUAUUUCAAUGUUAUUUUGGGGGGCCCUAAGAUUUGUUUUAAGACAUACUUUAGAAAUAAUGAACCUGUCCUGUAAUUUGAGUAAAACACAUCACACAAGUACAAGCGCAAUGUCACAUUUCCACCAGGUAGGGGCAGUAUGUCCUAAUUCUUCUGUUGUACACCUGAGGCAAAAUUAAAGUCAGAUUAUGUAAUAUCUGUGAUCGUUAAAAUUCACGACGUGCAAUUGUUGGUCGAACAAUCAGUCAUUAAUAGGGACAGAUCUACUAAAACUAGUCAAACAUUAAUGGGGUAAAUCUGGUGUAUUUAUGGGAGUGCUGAAUGCUGCUCAGCCUGUUUAAUACCACUCAUUAUAAUGUAAAGGUGUACCUCAAAAGACUAGUAUUAUACUAUUACAAACGGUAGUAGAAAGAGUAUGGAUCUUUUUUAAACAUGGUGUUAUGUAGAAAUCUGUUCCCCCCUCGAAUAAUGUUCCCCUCCCACGUAGCAGAAUCCUAUUGGCCCUUCACGUCACAAGUCACGGCUAACUCGGCUUCUCAUUGGCUGUAACCCUCCUGCAACAUUCCAACUCAGAAUGGCACUGAAUUGUAAAACUAAUCACCUUUUUCACCUAACUUCUUUAAUGUGUUUUUAAAAAAGCCAUUUCUUUUUUAAAUUUUUUUAUUCAGUGAUGUCGAAGGAAAACAGAAGCUCGCUGUGUUUGAGGUAAAAGCCCGUUUAAAAAAAAAAAAAAGACCAACCUAAUUACAUUACUUGUGUCUCCUCUGCGGUGUGGUCCUUUUUUUAGAGCAGCUGGACCAAGGCCGACCCAUCGACUUUCCUUCAACCAGCAUCCUGCAGCCACACAGUCUGAGUAAAGGAGUAGCCAACGGAGUGAUGGCUCAGUUCCAGGAAAUGAUGCGGCAGCAGCUGGAGAGCUCCAUGCACGAUGAGCUGGAGAAACUGCUGGACACUGUCACAGGGGCAGAGAAAGAGGCGUCCAGGAAAGACUUUGAGGGCUUCAAGAACCUUUUCCACAGAUUUCUGCAGGUGAAAGGGCCAUCAGUAGAAUGGAUCAAGAUACAAAGACCUCCAGAAGAAUCGAUCCAGCCCUAUGAUAAGAUCGCUGCUCGAGGCCUGCCGGACAGCGUAGCUGACAGCCUGAACAAACUGGUGGUGGUGAAGCUGAACGGAGGCCUGGGCACCAGUAUGGGAUGCAAGGGCCCCAAGAGCCUGAUCAGCGUCCGCAACGAGAACACCUUCCUGGACCUCACUGUGCAGCAAAUAGAGCACUUGAACAAGACUUACAACACAGAUGUGCCCCUGGUCCUCAUGAACUCCUUCAACACAGACGAAGACACAAAGAAGAUCUUGCAGAAGUACACGCACCACCGCGUCAAGAUACACACCUUUAACCAGAGCAGGUAUCCUCGCAUCAACAAAGAGUCCCUCCUCCCCGUCUCCACCAACAUGAGCAUGAACGGGCAGAGCUCGGAGGGAUGGUACCCUCCCGGCCACGGCGACAUCUAUGCCAGCUUCUACAACUCGGGGCUGCUGGACGAGCUGAUCGCUCAGGGGAAGGAGUACAUCUUUGUGUCCAACAUCGACAACCUGGGAGCCACCGUGGACCUCCACAUCCUGCACCACCUGGUCAGCCAGCCCAACGGCAAGCGCUGCGAGUUCAUCAUGGAAGUGACGGACAAGACGCGCGCUGACGUCAAGGGUGGCACGCUGAUCAAGUACGACGGAAAACUGCGUCUGCUGGAGAUCGCCCAGGUGCCCAAAGCUCACGUGGACGAGUUCAAAUCUGUUUCAAAGUUCAAGAUCUUCAACACCAACAACCUGUGGAUCUCUCUGGCUGCUAUCAAGAGGCUGCAGGAAGAGAAGGCGAUGAACAUGGAGAUCAUAGUCAACCCCAAGACGCUUGACGGUGGGCAGAAUGUCAUCCAGCUGGAGACGGCGGUCGGCGCUGCCAUCAAAUGUUUCGAUAACGCCAUGGGCAUCAACGUUCCUCGCAGCCGCUUCCUGCCCGUAAAGACCACGUCCGACCUGCUGCUGGUCAUGUCCAACCUGUACAGCCUGGAUGCCGGCUCGCUCACCAUGAGCCCAAAGAGAGAGUUCCCAACGACGCCGCACGUCAAACUGGGCAGCUCCUUCACCAAGGUUCAGGAGUACCUGACCCGCUUCGAAAGCAUCCCCGACAUGCUGGAGCUCGACCACCUGACUGUGUCCGGAGACGUCACCUUUGGGAAGAAUGUUUCACUCAAGGGAACCGUCAUCAUCAUCGCCAACCACGGAGAUCGGAUCGAUAUUCCGGCCGGCUCCAUGCUCGAGAACAAAAUCGUAUCUGGCAACCUCCGCAUCCUGGACCACUGAGGCCUUUCUCACCCUUUUCCACUUCAACCCCUCCCUCUACCCUUCUCCCCCCACCCUCAUCAUGUGACCUAGUUGGCUUGAUCCCAGUCAUGUGACCCAUUUGUCAUGUUUACCCGACACCAACAGAUUGUUAAGAGGAUGUGACUUUCCCCUCCCUGAAGGCUGUGUGUGAUUGCAUGUGCAGUGCUUUACCUUCCAGUCCCAAACAUUAGCAAGUAGUUUACAUGGUGGCAAGGAGGGGAUGUACUGCCCUCUAGAGGCCGUUUCUAACAUAAUAUAAACCUUUAAUUGUAUUAAUAUUGAGCUAGUCACGGCUGCCACUGUACAAGAUUAUGAGCUCAGCACUAGGCUAUAAUAUAUAUCCAUAUCCAUGUUAGAGAGAAAACAAAUCUGAAUUAUUGUCUAUUUUAACUGUAAAAUAUAUAAACAUAGCACAAAAAGGAAAAUUUGUGUUUGGUACAUUAUUUCUUUUAUUGUAACAAUGCUUCUUAUACCGUUGGAAAUCCUGUGUAUUUCCCUUCUAAAUGGUGCCUCAUUAGUAAGGAGCAAAUCGGUAUAAGAUUUAUUGCCGAGAAGCAUUGUUACAACAAAGAAAUAAUCUACCAAACACACAUUUCCUUACUUUUUGUGCUAUGUUUAUGUAGCGAUACUAAGAACAGUGUUUAUCCUCGGUGUGCAUUUACAGCACUGCUAAUGCAAUCACAUUGUGUACUUACAUAGAGGUAAAGUCAUAGUUUGUGAAGCUGUGGAAGAGCUUUAGUCGUUUAUCUCGAGCACAGAGACUUCACGUUAGUACUUAACAUGCUUCCAAAAUGCAGCUGAUACUUGAAAUAAAUCACUGAAAUUAAUAUUGUAAUUUAUCAGCCUAUUAUAGACGACUAUUUACACUCAUAGAGCAGUUGAAUAAUGAUAAUAUGAUAAAAUUCAAUUAAAAAAUAUGAUGAAUAAGUGUUAAAGGCACUCCUAAAUCCAUCUUUUACUUCAGACAUUUUAACCAAUUCUGAAUGAUCAUCCACCAGAAAUUGUUGCUGCUGUGAAAACAAUCAUAACAAAAUUGUUGUAAAAGGCUUUGGAAAAGUAAUAUAAGGAAUCCUUCAAUUAUAAUUUAAUCCUACAUCUAUAAAUGUUUGCCCACUUGAGCAGGACAAGCUGUAAACACAACCUUAUCACAUUAUAAAGUUGAUAUUAAUACACCCAGCAGACAUUAGCAUUAAUGCGGAGGCUUGUAUUUGCCAUGCUGAUAAAUAUAAGAGAAACAAAACCUGAGAAAAAUAAUCGUCGCUUUAGCUGCUAAAAAUGCUCCACUGUGUUCACCAGCUUUGUCUGCAGUGUGGUGAGAAGCUGUGAAACUAAAAUAAUGAGCUGAAAGACACUUAAGCUAAAGUAUGUGACACCUUCCACAUACAAGUGCUCAUUUCAGCUGUUGCUUAUUUAAAGAUAUUGACUAGAGCAUCUUUUUGGUUUCAGGAAUUUCUGGAACCACGUUUAAAAAAAAAAAAAUUAAGCCUGAGGUGAAGUUUGUGGCAAGAAAUAAAUUGCUAACCUUUUUUUCCAGAGUAAUAUCAACUGUGACUUCCACUGAACAGAGUGCAGAACAUACUUCCACUGGAUUUAUUCACUCCUCCAGUGUCCAGAAUAAUCUGGUCUCUACUGAAAAGCUCCCAGGAGUUUGUGCCAUAGAGGAGAAAACAAACAUGUUACCCCCAUGUAAUGUCUAAACAAUGUGUGUCUGUGUGUUUGGUGCCCCUUGAGCUUUUCCACGAUAUUCCCAUUUUAAAGACUAACGAUCCAUUUCCAGGCAAGAUCACAACUCCAUGAAAUUGUGUGUAAUAUCUGAAAUUAUAUCGCUUUAAAAUGAAAGACUUUUUUUUUUUGUACAGUCCCUGUAUGUUGUAAAAUAUCACAAUGUGGUGCAUUAUUUUACUGUUUUUAUCCGGUCUGUUUGCUCACGUAGUGUGAAACCUCGUGCCUCCAUUUCGAUGUCAAGUCUCUCCUGUAGCCUAUGUCCAUCCCGCAAUUCAGCAUUACACUCCUCACCUAAAGCAAAACAGGAGGUGCAAUAUUUUCUGCAGUGUUGGUUUCACACACACACACACACACACACACACACACACACACACACACACACAGUCAACAUUUGAAAACAUGUACGCAAAGUUUCAGUGUGAAAAUACUUGAUGGGUCUGCUUGAUGCGGACCGGAAGCCUGAAAGCAAUAAGUGUUGAUCUGUGACAGUGAUGAGGUCUCAGCCCAGUUCUGCCUCCUCAGAGCUGAAUAAAGUGCAAU